UGUCAAAAACACAGCUGAUAGAAAAAAACCUAACCUAAGUUUUUUUUUCAUCUUCAACAAAAUAGAUUUUCUACAUGCAUUGUUAGAAUAAAACAAGAAAAACUCUUCUGCUGGUUACUAAAUCCAGACAAAUUUACGCAAUAGAAAACUCUGUUCAUACCAAAUGGCCACAGCAACAAAGGCGAGUAAAAAUUUAUACAGACUAUUUGUGGGUAAUUUACCUUGGACAGUUAGUCAUCAACAAUUAAAAGUGUAUUUCAAAGAUUUUGGACGUGUGAUUAACGCCAAUGUUAUUUUUGACAAAAAGACCGGUAUGUCAAGAGGUUAUGGAUUUGUUACUGUGAACAGUUUAAAAGCCGUAGAAAAAAUUGAAAGUGAACAAAAACACAUCUUGGAAGGCAAUUACUUGAAUAUACAGAAAACAUAAAAAACUAUAUUUAACAUUGCCACCAGCAUUUAGUUUUAUAAGUGAAAUUAAUUAAAAGAAAAGAAAAUAUAUAUAAAAAAAUAAAAGCAGAGAGAAUAAUAACAUGGACAAAAUGGAUUAUCAGGACAAUCAUAACGAUAGCGAUUGGGAGUUUGAGGAUAGCGAUGAAAAUGAUGAACUAUUUACUAAAGCUACACAGCAGGUACAAAGAACACACGACAAAUUAUUACCCAAUGAUUUACUGGAACUCUAUGGUUUGUAUAAACAAGCUACUGUGGGCCCCUGUAAUACUUCAAAACCGGGUAUGUUUA